AUGAGUGUGGAGGAGAUGCUGGAAAAAAUUAUGGCUGAUCAAGCCCACUUAGCUACUGAUGUGAGAGAUAAUCAGUUAGCUACACAGAAUUUGGAGAAGCAAUUUGGGCAGUUUGCUAGUGUCCAAAAUUCACGACCGCAAGGAGGUUUGCCUAGAAACACUGACCCAAAUCCUAAACAGGUGAAUGCAGUAAGUACGCGUAGUGGUUUGCAAUUGGAGGAGUUAGCUCCUAAGAAAAGAAACACUGAAGUUGUAAACAAAGAGAGUGAACCUAAAAAAGGUGAGCUUAAGGAUAAUGAAGUAGUUGCACCGUAUGCGAAGUAUGUGAAGGAGAUCGUAACAAACAAAAGGAGGAUGAAAAAGUAUGAGACUGUGGCACUUACUGAAGAGUGCAGCUCCAGAAUUCAGAACAAGCUACCCAUUAAACUAAAAGAUACGUGUAGUUUUACUGUGCAGAUUACUAUAGGGCAAAGCAUUCAUGCUCGAGGGUUGUGUGAUCUAGGAGCGAGUAUAAACUUGAUGCCAACUUCUUUGUACAAAAAGCUGGGGUUGGGUGCUAAACCAAUUACCAUAAUUUUGCAAUUGGCGGAUAGAUCUGUAGCUAGACCUGAGGGUGUUGUUAAAGAUAUGUUAGUACAAGUGGGAUCUCUGAUUUUCCCAGUAGACUUUGUAGUAUUGAAUUUCGAGCCUGAUUAUGAAGUCCCUUUCAUCUUAGGACGACCUUUCUUAGAAGCUGGUAGGGCAAUGAUAGAUGUAGUAGCUGGGCAACUUACUAUGAGAGCUUAUGAUAAAGUGAAGGUGUUUGAUGUAUACAAAGCCUUAAAAAUGUCAGCUGUGUAUGAGGAGUUGUCUGUCAUAACUGUGAUAGAUCUUGAGGCAGAAGCUAAAUAUAUUACAGCUAAGGAUCCUCUGGAGCGAGUAUUGGUGGGGGAUGACAUAUAUGGGGAUGCUGAGGCAAAUUAA